GAGAGGCUGAGCCCGCCAUGUCUAGAGAGCGCUCUUGUGGGAUGGUCUGUGCAAAGAGACUUUGAGAUUUCAAAUCUGGAAAGCACCGAAGCAUCAUAAUGGCGCCUAUUAAUCACGUGGUUCGGCUAUGUCUUUUAUGGGCGUCUGUUACUCCAAGCCCGAGUCAUGGCCCGCUUCCAUGUUUUUCUCAAAGCACCAACCUCUCGCGAACUGAAGCUGAAGGAUGAGAGCGCGACACAGGAAUAUAGCUGGCACAGACUGGAGUGUGCAUCGCCCAUCACAUCCGGGGAGACGUCCCAAGAUGUGGACCUUUCGUCCCGCAAGGCCUUUCUUCCAGCGACGUUGGAAGCCGCCAGCCGGCGGAUCUCUAUGCUCUACCAAAACAUAAUCUUCACGGAUACACCGAGCGGUGACGAAGAAGAACGUUCAGAUGACGGCAAAGCUGAUGUGGCCGAUGCAUCGCAGAGCCAACCACAUUCAUCACCUGGCUAGCCACUACAAUGGACGAUGUGACGAGAGCAGACCAAUCAGUCUUUCAGAGUAUGCGCGAGACGACUUUCCUCCGCCCCUCACAGUCGCUGGUCCGCUCGAUGCAAGAGACCCAGGACACCACCUCCUUCGGAUAUUCGCAGCUGACCGGGGACGCCUCUGACGCCUCUGUCGUACGCUUCCCCGCAUUCCAUUUCUCCCUACAUUCCCUGUCCUCUCUCGCCGCGCUGGAGCACAGUCCCUCUGGCACCGGCCCCCAGCGCGUGUCCUACCCGUUCCCGUCUGGGAAACGCAAGGUCAACCUGCUCGUCGCCGUGCUCGAGCUCGAGGGCCCCGACACGAUCCGCAUCAAGAAGGGUACCGACGCCGGCAAGGAGGUGUCGAUCCUGAGGGUGAUCGUCGGCGACCAGGACGGAGGGAUAUGCCGCCUGGCGGCGUGGCGAGAGGUCGCGGAGCAGUGGGGCGGUGCCUACGCCGACUCGGGCGACCCGUCAUUGAAGAAGGGCGAUAUCGUCUACUUUCAAAAUAUUCUCGUGUCAAAAGAGGUUUCGAGUUCUGCUGCGGCGGACACGCGGAUAACGUCGUCUAUCUCGUUGACAGCAUCUCCUGCCCUUAACUCUUCCAUGUCUAUCUGCUAUCGUACUAUGCCGUGGGGGGACGACCCCGCCGGUGAGAAGUUGCGUCCGGAUCUGCGACUUGGGUAUAGCGAUGCGGCAGUGCGAAAAGUUGCUUCUGUGGUACAAUGGUUUCAAAGCACCGCGGGUUUACCCGUCAUCUAGCGCGUUCAGAGCUUCUUACAGGCUUUGAAGCUGGCGCAUAACAAGCGACCCCAUGCAAUAGCCAAUCACAGCGAUAGUUGCAGAAAACGAGUGCCGGCACCUGUGCUGUUGAUUUCGCCCUAGAAGCAAGCCUCUGGCGAUUUCAGCGCCCCGUCGUUUCAAACUCGCAACCACCAACUCGACUUCUCCGCCUGGGUUUUCACAGCCACUCCCAGUCAUUGUGGCUGGACGCUGAGACAACACAGUCUCAUCGAGGUUCGCUAGUACGUCGGAGACCACCAUAGACCGACGUUCUCGCACACGCUUCCGCGAACCUAUGCUCAUCACCACGCACUAAGGAACAACCACUGAACCACUGAACCAUCAUAUCAUCCGGCCUCUUCUCCCGCCUCGGGUCUUUCCUUCUGACAUACCCACGACGCCACAGCAGAGCAAAGGCGGCCAUGACUCACCACCUUGGAUACCGGCCGCACAUCGGUCUCG